CACACAAUACAUCUUCUUCCCCUUACACAAAAACAAUACAAAAAGACUUUUGUCACAAGUUCUUUGUUGUUCAACUACUUCCCCUUCUUCAUCAUCAAAAUGGAUUCCUCCGCCUUGUUUUUCACUUUCUCCGCCGCAAUUAUCAUACUCUACUUUCUCCGGUGUGUAAUCUCUCAGCGCCACCGUGUAUCCUCGAAACUCCCACUCCCGCCGGGAACAAUGGGUUGGCCUUACGUAGGCGAGACUUUCCAGCUCUAUUCUCAAGACCCUAACGUCUUUUUCGCUUCCAAACAGAAACGGUAUGGUUCAGUGUUCAAGACACAUGUACUCGGAUGUCCUUGUGUAAUGACCUCAAGUCCUGAGGCUGCGAAGUUCGUGCUGGUGACGAAGUCUCAUCUCUUUAAACCGACUUUUCCUGCGAGUAAAGAGGGGAUGCUGGGGAAACAGGCCAUCUUCUUCCACCAAGGUGAGUAUCACGCCAAACUCAGGAAGCUCGUUCUUCGUGCCUUCAUGCCGGAGUCUAUCAGAGACAUGGUUCCAAAUAUCGAAUCAAUCGCUCAACAUUCUCUACGAAGCUGGGACGGAAUAAUGAUCAACACUUACCAAGAAAUGAAAACAUACACAUUCAACGUUGCGUUGCUCUCGAUCUUCGGAAAAGACGAGGUUCUAUACAGAGAAGAUCUAAAACGAUGCUACUACAUUCUCGAGAAAGGUUACAACUCUAUGCCUAUAAACCUCCCUGGAACGCUCUUCCACAAAGCCAUGAAGGCUCGCAAGGAGCUCUCGCAGAUCCUAGCAAGAAUCUUAUCAGAGAGAAGAGAGAACAGAUCCUCACACAACGAUCUUCUCGGAUCAUUCAUGGGAGACAAAGAAGAGCUAACCGACGAGCAGAUCGCUGAUAACAUAAUCGGAGUAAUCUUCGCCGCUAGAGACACCACGGCGAGUGUGAUGACGUGGAUCCUUAAGUACUUGGCUGAGAAUCCCAACGUUCUAGAGGCCGUUACUGAAGAGCAAAUGGUAAUAAGUAAAAGCAAAGAAGAAGGAGAGUCUUUAACUUGGGGUGAUACAAAGAAGAUGCCACUAACUUCAAGAGUCAUUCAAGAAACAUUAAGAGUUGCUUCAAUCUUAUCUUUUACAUUUAGAGAAGCUGUAGAAGAUGUCGAAUACGAAGGAUAUUUGAUACCUAAAGGAUGGAAAGUGUUGCCGCUUUUCAGAAACAUUCAUCAUAGUUCUGAUAUCUUUUCGAAUCCUAGCAAGUUUGACCCAUCGAGAUUUGAGGUGGCUCCAAAACCCAAUACUUUCAUGCCAUUUGGCAAUGGGACUCACUCGUGUCCUGGAAAUGAAUUAGCCAAGCUUGAAAUAUCUAUCAUGAUUCAUCAUCUGACCAACAAGUACAGAUGGUCAAUAGUUGGAGCUAGCGACGGGAUUCAGUAUGGGCCAUUUGCGCUUCCCCAAAACGGACUGCCCAUUAUGCUUGCUCGGAAGAAGGAGAUCGAUAUGUAGUACUACGUGAUGCCCUAAGCUUUCUAUAACUGGAAAGAGGGGGACUAGAGAAGAAAAUUAAACAAUUCUUUAUUUUCUUGCUAAAGAAAAAUAGGGAAGGGCAAAAAAAAAUCAAGAUUUUGAUAUGAAAAAAUUAAAAUGGGAAAUGAGGAGAAGGCACCAAGUGUACAAAGAAAAGUCUAAUUUAUUUUCUUAGUUUUUUUAAUUUCUAUUUUUUCGAGUUUUGAAAUUUUAGUUUAAGAUAGGGAAAAGUUGGUCACUAAAUUUCAAAUUGAGGUAAAAUGUUAGAUAAAAUAUCUAAUGUUUUUUUCCUUCCCAAAGAAGAAACAUCCCAUGUAUAUGUUUAACUGAUUCAUCCUCAAUUGGAGAGUUUCCAUGUUGUUCUUAGUGAAUUGAUUAUCUGAAGACGC